AUGGCAUCCAUCCCACCUAAACAACGUGUAUUAGGUACAAAGAUGACACAAGAAUUAAUCACUGAUCCAAAUCAAGAGCCUAUGAUAAAAGUCACUUUUAAGGACAAAAAAGUUAUGGAAUAUAGUUUAUGCAAUACAAAUUUUGAAGAACUUUCAAAUAUAUUUGACACACAUUCAAGAAAGUUGAAAAUUAAAGAAACUAUCCAGCAACAAUAA